UCAUUUUGCUUAAUCUCGUGGUUUCUUCGUCGCCUGCAAUUUCACUCUUCCCUUCCCGAACUCUCGAGAACUUGCCUUGCCGGCGGAGCGUCCGCGUUGCGCCGGAGAUAAGGCUUUCAAAUUCCGUCAUCCCGCCUCACAGCUCUAGGUUUUUCAACCUCGUAACUUUAGGAUAUCGCUCAGUUUGCUUCUCUCGCAACUCGAAGAUUAGGUUAGAAUCGUAUCGAACCGUCUGGGUGGCGUCGAUGGCGUCCGGUUCCAGAGGCAUCGACCUUCUCGCCUUGUACAACGAUGACGAAGACGAAGAUGAGAUGGAUGAGGACCAGGUGCCGCCUGUGGCGGAGGCACAGUCAGAGACCGUCACAAGGACUAUGGAGAUUGAUGUCGCAAGUUCCGCGGAAGCUUCUUCCACUGAAAGGGAAAAGAAUAAUCAGUUGAGCAGUUUUACUUCGCAGCCGUCAGCUGAAUGCCUUGAGGAUACACAGAUUGGCAAAGAUGUUUUGGAUCCUAAUGGAUAUGUCAAAAGUGGCCAUGUUGAAGAAAAAAUAGAUGGUAGAACACCAGGAGCUCUUGCCUUAAGAACUUCAACAACUCAAUUAGAUCCUCUCCAACCAUCUGAUUUGUCUGGGCAACCUUCAGUAAUUGGAGUGCCUCAUGUGGAGGCUGCUUUAACUUCUUCAAUGGAAGGGAAAAAGGAUGAUUCUUUAAGUAGGUUUCUUCCCCCAGCUCCAUCUGCUGAAUGCCCUAAAGAGUUACAGGAAAGAUUUAAAAAGUUCCUUGCAUAUAAGCGAGCUGGAAAAAGUUUCAAUGCAGAGUUACGCGGUAGGAAGGACUAUAGAAAUCCUGACUUUUUGCAGCAUGCUGUCAGGUAUCAGGAUAUUGAUGAGAUUGGAACUUGCUUCAGUAAGGAAGUCUUUGAUCCUCAUGGGUACGACAAAAGUGACUAUGUUGAUGAAAUAGAGAAUGAUAUGAGGCGUGCUAUGGAAAGGAAGGAACAGGAAAGGAAAAAGAGGCAGAGUGUUGAGUUUGUUUCAGGUGGAAUACAACCUGGUGCAGGUGUUCCUACUCCAAUUUUAAGCACACAAAAUUCAGUUGCCGCUGCAAAUGUUCUGCCAUCAGUUCCAACCAUAGAUUCUUCAAUGAAAGACAUUAGACUGAACGAGAAGACAAAAUGGGAUAAGAUUGAUGGAGAUUUUCAGAGCUCGACGCUUCUGGUGGGACAUGACAAUUCAUCACGUUCACAUGCAGCGUUGUUGCCUGCUGUUAAUACUGACGCAGAAUAUACAGCUUAUGUGCAACAAAAGCAAACAGAAGCCGAGGAAAAAAAAAAAAUCCAGCGAGAGGCAGUUUGAUAAAUGAAUGAGCUUAUUAAGAGAAAUCAAGCAAGUGAGAGUUUGAUAAUCAUAGCAUGAUUAGAGCUUUUGGAAAAAGGUACACAAGUAUCCACGUCGAACGGAUUUCUCCCUCAUCUUUAUCGAGCCCCAUCUGCUGAUACAUCAAUCAAGAGCAAUACGAUUUGCAUUCUCCAUCACGGAAACUUAAGGGUACGCCAAAUCUGGUUUAUUUAGUUUCUCAUGCUCCUACAUACUACUCGCAUCACCUGCAUCAUUUUUAUUGUGACACGUCAAAAUGAUGUCAAAGUUCUCGUUGUAAUAUUUCGUCUAAAAAAUAUCAAAAUGUUUGGAUGAA